UUUUUUUUUUUUUUUUUUUUUAUAUCAUCUUGAAUAUCACCGUACCGAAUACAGUUAUUUAACGUUAGAUGUAACCGUUUCCUGGUUGUUUUUAAAAUCUCUUCUACCCAUUUGAUUAGCAAACGUUAGCUAGACUGACGGUUUUGGUGCUGCUGUGUCCCAGUAACGAACAGAUACUGCAACAUGGACAAUAUUAGCGUCGUGUUGCUUAAACAAUUGUGUUAUAUUUGCGAGUCAAAGGUUCUGUCAUUUAAAUAAACUUGGUUUGGGAAACUGAAACUGUUUUAGGACGCGGAGAGAUGCAUAACGUCUGCAAAAGGAGCAAAAGCGCCAUCUUCAGGCCUGAAGGAGACCCAUCCAUGGUCCCAGGUGCUCAUGAUCCACUUCAACAGGACUUUGCAGAGACCCUGCCAACAGAGAUGAGUGUGAGGAUCUUCAGCGAGCUGGACGUCAGGAGUUUGUGCCAGGCCUCGCUCACCUGUAAAAACUGGAAUGACAUCAUCGAGGGCAGUGAUCACCUGUGGAGGAGCCACUGUUUUACGGUGCUGGCUAUUUGCCAGAGAGAGGUGAACGGGGACAGGCUUGAUGGAUGUUCGUGGAAGGUUACUCUUGUGCGUAACUACAGGAAAGGCUGCGUAAAGAGGAGGUGGCUGAAGGGCCGGUACAGUAACAUCCGCUCUGCCGACGAUAUCCCUCCCAACAGCAUGUGUCCACUGGAUGUGGAGACCUGGGGAGAGAUACUGGAGGCAGAACUGGAGAGAUAAGAGACUUUUGGGAUCAUGCCAACAGGCUGAAAUAUAUCAGAUAUGCCUCUACAACUGAGAAGUUUUGACUGAAACACUGGCUGGAUCCUAUAUUGAAUUUUAUAAUCAGUGUUGCAAAACAAAAACACAGACUGAGGCGGUCAGAAAACAUGAUCAAGUGUAUCUUUUGUAAUGGAAAAUGUUAUUUCCAUUACUGAAAUUUGCUAGAGACUGUAUGGGAAAUUCGAUUUUAUAGGUUUGAAAUUGUUUUAUAGCUGGAACAGAGAGAGAUCUUUUCUUUGCUUUUUUUUUUUAAAGUGUGCACCUUAUGAUUUUUUUUAAAAGUUUUGAACCUAAUCAGUGUUGCCAAAAAGCACAAAGAUUCAGUGGCGGUCAGAACACAUGAUAAUGUGGCUUUUGUUAUGUAAAAUUGUAUACUGAAAUUUGCUUCAGACUCUAUGGGAAAUUACAUUUUAUAGGUUUAAUGCGAUGGAUUUGUUUUACUUUUGAAAUUCAGAUUUGUAUUAAUUUAUUUGAUUUUCAGAGUCACUGCCAAAAGUGUUUUACCUUAAAUCAUGCAACAAUUAUUUUAUAAAAGCUAAUAUAUUAUUUAAAAUCAUGUGUCCCUAUGCUAUACUAAUCUCUUCGUCCCCGGCCUUCCAUGCUGUUGCUGCUGCUAUCUGUGCAUAUUUCUUUAUAACCACAUAACCAUUUUAAACAACAGAUAAAUAUUGUCA